AUGAACAAAGAAUUAGUUCAAUAUGCCCCAAUCAACGAUGCCGAUCAGUUGGAAGAUAUGGAUUCACUGAAAGUUGCAUCAGGAAUCAACCAUUCAACAGAGGGGGACGGUAAUGCUCAGGAACAACUAUUCUCCUUUAAUCUUUCCAGAAAUCCAGUUGUUCUUCCUUCUGGACAGGGUUUAAAACUUGAAAAGACAGAAGAAAGUAAGGAAACAAAGGAGAAUGUACCACCUUCUUUACCAUCAACUUUGUUUCAGUAUAAGAGACCAAAUAGCGUCUUGUCCCCUUCAGCGGUUAAGAAGUUAUACCAAAUUAAUGAGACGCCCCAACCGAAGACGGAUUUCGGGAAGUUUGUAAUGUUAAAUGCUGAUUCUACCACUAAGUCAUUUUCACUGAUUCGCCUGGAGAAAAUGUUUUCUAAAACUGUCAAGGGAGAAAAACAAAAAACCAAAAAGCAAUUGAAGAGAGAAGAGGAAUACUUGUCGAGAAACUGUGGUGAUAUUCCCAGUGAUUGGACCGAGGACAAACCAGAUAGCAAAGAUUGGAAUAAGAUUUAUAACAGACUUAUUAGAUUUCAGGAAAUGGUUUUGAAUAAAAUAACAUUGCUCGAACUGCAGAUUAGGGACAAUCAUUCUUCAUUUGUGAAUGACUUUGAUAUUUUGACAGAUAUCGUGAAGCUGAACGCAAUAAAUAUAGAAAGCAUGAAUGAGAAAGUUAAUAUCAUGUUCCACGAUAUUCAGGCUACUCAAAGUGAGGCACAGGAAAAGCAGUAUCAAAAAGCAAGAAAAUUCCUUGACGAGAUUUUUGAAGAAAGAGCUCCCAAGAGAUCACGUAUAGAAUAA